CGAGCUAACGAGCUGGUCGGCUGGAGCGCUUCAAGUGGCUCCUGGUCAACUGUGUGUGGCGAAUCAAAUUAUUAAGCCUUUACGCUUUUCGCAUUGUUUGGGCUCUUUUCUCUUCAAUCUUUUUUUUUUCUGUGUGUGCGUGUGUUUGCUGUGUUGUGUUGUGUGUUUGCUGAAAUGGAAAUGAAAUUUCAGUUGGUCGCCCUGCUAUUAUUGUGGGCUGUGCAGCAAAUGGUGGCCGAGCCCCAUUGCAUUUGGUAUGGCGAAAGCCAUAAGAUUGGAGAGCACUGGCAGAACAAGGAGUACCAUGGACCGGCACUACCGCUGAAUGAUCCAGAGGCUGAGGCCAUCUUCAUCAGGCGCUGCCCCGUCCUCUAUGCGGAAUACAAGGGACCCAAUGGCGAUAACGAGCUGGAGCUCUGCUGCGAUGGCAAUCAACUGUUGAGCAUGGACGCCGGCUUGAAUCAAGCGGACGGUGUGUUCAGCCGCUGUCCCACAUGCACGCUGAAUAUGGCCCAAACCGUCUGCAUGAUGACCUGCGCCAAGAAUCAUUCGCUCUUCCUGAAGCCCUACAUCGAAAAGAGUCCCGAUAAUGUGGACUUUGUGGAGCACAUCGACUAUUACAUAAACGACGAGUCCGUACAGAAGAUCUACAACAGCUGCAGCGGCAUCCAGCAUCCGCAGACGGGCCGACCGGCCAUGGAUCUCGGCUGCGGUGCGUACAAUGCCAAAACGUGCAACUAUCGCCGUUGGUAUUACUUCAUGGGCGAUGGCGAGAACAACGACUAUGUGCCGUUCGUCAUUAACUAUACGUGGAGUGAGGAUGCUCCGCCGGGCUCUACGGAUGUCUAUUUGAGCGUAUUUCCGCUGGAGUGCGGCGAGAGCUAUGAGGGCAACUAUGCCUGCGCCUGCAUCGAUUGCGACGACUCCUGUCCGCUCACCGAUCCGCCGGCUGGCUACGAGGAUCCCUGGCAGAUAGCCGGACUGUACGGCAUUACCUUCAUAGUUGCUCUGGUGAUCGCCCUGCUGAUCGCUUGCCUCAUUUGCUAUGGCGCCAUCAGCGACCGUCCGGGUCCCAACAUCCGCAUGCCGACAGUGUACGGGGAAUUUCUGUAUCAGGGCUGCCGCAUGUGGGGCACCUUCUGUGCGAAGCAUCCGGUGCUCGUGCUGGCCAUCUGCUCGUGGGUGAUUGGGGGGCUGGCCUAUGGCAUACGCUACAUGAACGUGACCACCGAUCCCGUCGAGCUCUGGGCCAGUGAGGAGAGCAACACGCGCAUCGAGAAGAACUAUUUCGAUCAGCACUUCGGACCCUUCUAUCGCACCAAUCAGCUGUUCGUGAAGCCGGUGAAGAAAGACACAUUUACUCACGAAGCCCCCAGCGGAACUCUCACCUUCGGUCCAGCCUAUGAGCAAAAGUUCCUUCAGGAGGUAUUCGAGCUGCAGGAGCAAAUCAUGAAGCUGGGCGUGGAGGAGGGCGUGAGCUUGGAACAAAUUUGCUAUGCACCCGUCCUAUAUCCCGGCCUCACGCCCACCGUGGACGACUGUCUCAUCCAGUCCAUCUAUGGCUACUUCCAGACUGACAUGGACAAAUUCCAUAGCUCCUAUGUGGACAGCAACAACUUUACUAUCAACUAUCUCAACCAGCUGGAGGAUUGCUUGCGCGUUCCGAUGAUGGAGGACUGCUUCAGCAAUUACGGCGGACCCAUCGAGCCGGGCAUCGCUGUGGGCGGCUUGCCCCCAGCCGAGAAUGGCGAGGAUCCCGACUAUAUGCUGGCCACGGCCUUGGUGCUCACAUUUCUGGGCAAGAAUCAUCUGGACGAAUCGAAGCUGGAGAUCAGCCGGAAAUGGGAGAAACUGUUCGUGGACUUUUUGAAGGACUACAAGAGCGAAUAUCUGGACAUUGCCUACUCGGCGGAGCGCUCCAUACAGGACGCCAUUGUCGAGCUGUCCGAGGGCGAGGUCAGCACCGUCGUCAUCAGCUACGUGGUGAUGUUCAUCUACGUGGCGAUCUCGCUCGGACGCAUACGCAGCUGUGUGGGCUUUUUGCGUGAGUCACGCAUCAUGCUGGCUGUGAGCGGAAUUGUGAUCGUGAUGGCGUCGGUUGUGUGCAGCUUGGGCUUUUGGGGCUAUGUGGGCGCGACAACCACCAUGCUGGCCAUUGAGGUAAUACCGUUCCUGGUGCUGGCCGUGGGCGUGGACAAUAUCUUCAUCAUGGUGCACACCUAUGAGCGGCUCGAUCACACUCAAUUUGCCAGCACCCAUGAGGCGAUCGGCGAGGCCAUCGGCCAGGUGGGACCCUCCAUUCUCCAGACGGCCUGCAGCGAGUUCGCCUGCUUCGCGAUUGGCGCCAUCUCCGAGAUGCCGGCGGUGAAGACGUUCGCCAUGUACGCAGCGAUCGCCAUUCUGCUCGACUUCCUGCUGCAGAUCACAGCGUUCGUCGCACUGAUGGCCAUCGAUGAGAGGCGCCGCAAGAGCGGACGGCUCGAUCUGUUCUGCUGUGUGCGCAGCAACGUGAAGCCGGGCGCCACACAUGACAUUGGCGUGCUCGAGAAGCUCUUCACCAACUUCUAUGCUCCGUUCCUGCUCUCCAAGUCCGUCAAGAUAAUUGUGAUGGUGGUGUUCACUGUGGUCACGGCGCUCUCGCUGAUGGUCAUGCCCUCGAUCGAACCGGGCCUGGACCAGGAGACGUCCAUGCCGCAGGACUCGCACGUGGUCAAGUACUUCCGCUACAUGGACGAGCUGCUGUCCAUGGGUGCGCCCGUCUAUUGGGUGCUCAAGCCGGGCCUCAACUACAGCAAUCCGACGCAUCAGAACUUCAUUUGCGGCGGCGUGGAGUGCAACGACGACUCGCUCUCCGUCCAGCUGUACAUACAGUCACGCUAUCCGCAGAUCACAUCGCUGGCACGACCGGCCUCGUCGUGGAUCGACGAUUACAUCGAUUGGCUCAACAUUCCCGAUUGCUGCAAGAUCAAUGCCACGACGGGAAGCUUCUGUCCGAGCAACUCCAAGAGCGACGAUUGCUAUCCAUGCGAGCGAGAGUUCACCGAAAAUGGUCUCCGACCCACGUCCGAGACCUUCGACAAGUAUGUGCCGCUGUUUCUCUCCGAUCUGCCCGAUGCUGAGUGCGCGAAGGCGGGUCGACCUUCCUAUGCGGACGCCGUCAUUUAUACGCUGAAUGACGAGGGUAUGGCUACCAUUCUGGACACCCACUUCAUGCAGUACUCGACGACGUCGACCACAUCGGACAAGUUUGUGGCGGCGCUACGCGAGGCGCGUCGCGUUCAGUCCGACAUCAAUGGGAUGUUCGCCCGCAACGGCAUCGACACAGAGGUCUUUCCCUACUGUGUGUUCUUCAUAUUUUAUGAACAGUAUUUAACCAUUUGGGAUGACGCCCUCGUCUCGCUGGGCGUCUCGCUGGCGGCGAUAUUCGUGGUGACGCUGCUGCUGACCGGGCUGGACAUCACGUCGGCUCUCAUCGUGCUGUUCAUGGUGCUGUGCAUUGUGAUUAAUAUGGGCGGAAUGAUGUGGGCCUGGGACAUAUCGCUCAACGCCAUCUCGCUGGUCAAUCUGGUCGUCUGUGUGGGCAUCGGAGUGGAGUUCGUAUCGCACAUUGUGCGCUCGUUCAAGCAGGCCAAAGGCAAUGCCCAGCAGCGCUCGUUCCACGCGCUCAGCGUCACCGGCAGCAGUGUCCUGUCCGGCAUUACGCUAACCAAAUUCGCCGGCAUCGUGGUGCUGGCCUUCUCCAAGUCGCAGGUCUUCCAGAUCUUCUAUUUUCGCAUGUACCUCGGCAUCGUGCUCAUCGGUGCGGCCCAUGGCCUGAUUCUGUUGCCGGUGCUGCUCAGUCAGCUCGGUCCGCUCAAAAGCCUCAACCGGGACUCCAGCUGAGAGUCGCUAACGAUUCUAAAUAGUCACUAAGACCCUAGCUGUUGUUACCUACCCCCCCUCCCCCUCUUCCCUCCCCUCUCCUCAUCCAGUAAGACUGUGUGCUAAAUGCUAUAUAUGUAUAUUUAUAUUCUGUUUCGUUUAUUAUGUAUAUAGAUGUUUUUAUUUGGCUUCAAGUGCAAAACGCUUGCUAUUUUACAAUAAUAAUAAAAUACAUAUAAAAACAAAA